UUCUUAUUAUUAUUUAUUACUUUCAUAAAUAUCAAACUCUUACCACAUACCCAAUUCCUUUUUCCUCUCUAACCUAGUUUCACAAGUACAACAAUGGCAGAUGAUCAUUCAUCUGCAAUAAUCCCUACUCUCCAGAACAUCGCGUCGACCGUCAAUCUAGACUGCAAAUUAGACCUUAAAGGCAUUGCACUUCAAGCUCGAAACGCGGAGUAUAACCCGAAACGUUUCCCUGCAGUGAUCAUGAGAGUUAAAGAACCAAAAACUACAGCAUUGAUCUUUGCUACUGGGAAAGUUGUUGUUACCGGAGCUAAGAAUGAAGGCGAUGCAAAAUAUGCAGCGCGGAAAUACGCUAGGAUUGUGCAGAAGAUUGGUUGUCAUCUUGGAGUUAAGUUUAAGGAUUUCAAGAUACAGAAUAUUGUUGCAUCAUGUGAUGUUGGAUUCCCUAUUAGACUUGAAGGACUUGCCUUAGCUCAUGGUGCUUUUUCGAGCUACGAGCCGGAAAUAUUUCCAGGAUUGAUAUAUCGUAUGAAGCAACCGAAAAUAGUGAUGUUGGUUUUUACCUCGGGGAAGAUUGUCAUCACUGGAGCAAAGGUUAGAGAGGACAUAUAUACCGCCUUCGACAGCAUAUACCCUGUGCUCACUCAGUUCAGCAAGAAGACUCUCUAACGAGUUGAAGAAUCAGCUGCGAAUACAUAGUUACAUAAACUGAUUAUUUAGACGUUGGAACUUUGACUGCUUUAUCUCAAUUGAAAUGUCCUUUUUAUGUAAUUGCUUGUAUGUCGUGCAUACAUCACACAACAGAUUACAUACAUCCAACCAUUGUUUUACAAAAACGUUUCAAAAGUGUCGUCCUAAGAAGCAAAUUCAUAAACACACAGAUUUAAGAUGAGAAAUAAACGAAAAAGUAACUAGAUAAAAACUCCCCUGCAUCCA